AUGGCAGAAGAAUUGGUUUUGCUGGGUUUGUGGGCUAGCCCUUUUGCAAUGAGGGUGAAAAUUGCCUUGGCAGAGAAUGGGAUCGAUUAUGAGUCAAAGGAGCAGGAUUUACUCAACAAGAGUCCUUUGCUUCUAGAGAUGAAUCCUAUUCACAAGAAAGUUCCUGUCUUGAUCCAUAAAGGGAAGCCAAUAUGUGAGUCACUCAUCAUAAUUGAGUAUAUUAAUGAAAUUGUGCUUAACGCACUGAUGUUAUGGACACCAAAAAGUGAACGCCAAGCAGGAAAGGGUCUCGUAGAAAGCUUUAAAGCGUUGGAAGGAGAACUUGGUGACAAACCAUAUUCUGGAGGUGGGAUCUUUGGUUUUAUAGACAUUGCACUCAUUCCCUUCCACAACUUUUUCUAUGCAUUUGAGACAAUUGGAAAAUUUAGCAUGGAAGAGUAG